AUGAGCCAAGUCACGAUCCACCCCCAUGCUACGCUGCCCUCCCUCUCCCCCUCCUGUUUGUGGCAGUCUUUGAGUGCUUCCACCGCGGCAGCCUGUGGGACGUGCGUGUGCUGGGCAGAGGGAGCGACGCAGAAGCUGCCCACCUUUCGCAUCAUGACCACCAUGCGCAUGGGCAUGGCCACCUUCCACAGCUCGAACUUGCGCAUGGGCACUCUGGGCAGCAUGCACAUCAGCACAAUAAUGGCGAUGAUGAUGAUGGGGAUGCACGAGAAUGUAAGCCCUGGGUGGAACUCUAAGCUGCAGCGUGGGGAUUCGAACCCGGGUCUACAGCUUGAAGAGGUGCACUCAGGUUGCCAGCAGCCGGAUUCGAACCCGGGUUUCCAGCAUGAGGACUUCAACCCGGAUUGCCAGCAGCCGGAAUUGAACCCGGGUCUGCAGCAGUACCGGGUGACAUACACCAAGUUUGAGGGGGACGAUGAGGACGUGGUGGGCUUGCGCCUGCGCCUGCGCUCGCGGACUCUCAACGUGGCGGAGUGUGGACGCGUGCGCGAGGGCAUGGUGGUGGUGGCGUUUGUGAAGCACCCCGAGGGGGACCCCAGCGUGGAUGCAGAGGUGAGAGAGACCAAGGUUGUUUUGAGGGGGGGCCUGCGUCUGCGCCUGCGUUCGCGGAAUCUUAGAUUGGGGGAGUGCGCGCUCGUGCGCGAGGGCAUGGUGGUGGUGGCGUUUGUGAAGCACCCCAAAGGAGACCCCAGUGUGGAUGCAGAGAUAGCAACGCUGUUUCUUUCUUAUAUCCCCUUCUCUCGUCCCCAACCCCCCACCCACCCUGCCUCCCCCUCUCUCCGCUCAGGCGCUCAACAACAAUGUGAGGGCUAUGGUGAUUCCAAUGAAGCUCAAAUGAAGCUCCGCGAGCUGCCUCAUGCAGCAAAACCCCGCCCAUACUCGUCUGUCUGUCCCCCUUCUCCCCUUAACCUCUCAGGUGCACUACGAUACGACGGGAGGGAAAGCACUAUCAAGUGGCGCGCUGUGCGCUGCUCUCUCUCCUCUCUCUGCGUGCGCGUCAACCCCCUCUGCCCGCUCCCCGUGCUGCUGCAGCACCAUCUGGAGUCUAUCGGGCAGCAGUACCCUGUGCCCAGGGUGGAGUGGUGGAGCAGAGUGGGGGGAGAGGAGGUGGUGGUGAGUGGGUGGGGGUGGGAGGAUUGGCGGGUGGAUCAGCCGUUUUCCUGGCAAGGGCUCGUGCUGACUGCUCCUGAUGGUGUGGCUGGUGCUGGUGGUGAUGGUGGUGGUGGUGCUGCUGCUGUUGAUGCUAUUGCUCCGGAUGCUGGUUUUGCUGCUGGUGAUGAUGCUGCUGCUGCCGGUUGUGCCAUGGGGGGGAGUGGCAUGGGAGCAGAUGGCAUGGAUGCGAAUGUAAGGAUUUGCAAUGGCAUGAAUGGCAACAGCGCGCCCAGCAACCACAGGGAUGCGGAUUGCAGGCAGCGGAACGAUCUCCGUGCUGCUGGUGCUUCUGCUGCUGGUGGUGGCAGGUGUGCAUUGGAUGUGCUCGGUGCUGGUAAGCCGCCCUUCACACCUGCCAAUGCAGCCUGCUGUGCCUCCUCCCCACCGCCUUCACUCCCUGCCCCUCUGCCCUCAUGCGCGAGCGGCAACGGGGGUGGGCCUGGAGGGAGCAGCACUGGUGGUGGGCUCAGGGAACAGUGUUGUUGUGGUGCUGGUGCUGGCAGGGGUUCUGCUGCUGCUGCUGCCGGCGCUGCUGCUUCUGCAGGUGAUGCUUUUGCUGCUGCUUUUGCUGCUGAUGCUCCUGCUGCUCCUGCUGCUGCUGCUGCUGCUGCUGCUGCUGCUGCUGCUGCUGCUGCUGCUGCUGCUCCUGCUCCUGCUGCUGCUCCUGCUCCUGCUGCUGCUGCUGCUCCUCCUCCUCCUCCUGCUGCUGCUGCUGCUCUUGCUGGCAGCAGUGGCAGUGGUGGCAGCUGCAGUGGCAACAGUGCUGAAGCGACCUUGCAUCUCCCUGGCUUGGCUGCUGGUUAUGGUGACGGUUCUUCUGAAGGGGAGGGUGGACGGAGGGCGGGUGAGUGUGAAAGAAGCUGGGGUGGGGAGUAUGGGGGAGAGGGGGAUGGGGAAGAGGAGGACGUGAUAGAGUGGGGAGGGGGAGAGGGGGACGAGAGAGAAUGGGGAGUGGGAGAGGGGGAAAUGAGAGAGAGGGAAGCGGAGGAUGGUGCAUUGGAGGAGGAGGAGAAAGAGUUGGAGGAAGAGUUGGAGGAGGAAAAGGAAUGGGUGGAGAAAAAAUAUUUAGGGCAUGAGGAGAAGGAAUUGAAGGAGGAGGAAAAGGAAUUGAGGGAAGAGGAAAAAGUAUUGAAGGAGGUGGAAAAGGAAUUGGAGAAGGAGGAAAAGGAAUUGAGGGAGGGGGAGAACGAAUUGGAGGGGAAGGAGAAGAAGGAAAAGGAAUUGAGGGAGGGGGAGAACGAAUUGGAGGGGAAGGAGAAGGAUUUAGAGGAGGAGGAGAAGGAAUUAGAGGAGGAGAAGGAAUUAGAGGAGGAGAAGAAGUUGGAAGAGGAGGAAAAGGAAUUAGUGGAGGAAAAGGAAUUGGAGGGAAAGGAGAAGGGAUUGGAGGAGGAGGAAAAGGAAUUGGGGGAGGGGGGAAAGGAAAUGGUGGAGGAGAAGAGAGAGGGAGAUGAUGAUGAUGUCAUGGAGGUGCACGAGGGAGGGGGGGGGAGCGAGAUAGAGGCAGAGGAAGAGGUGAACGAGGAGGGGAACGAGGAGGAGGAGGGGGUGGAAGAAGAGGAGAAAAAAGAGGAGGAGAAAGACGAGGAGGAGAAAGAAGGGGAGGAAGAGGAGGAGAAACAGGAGGAGGAGAAAGAAUCAAAGGAGGAGGAGGAAAAGGAAUUGGAGGAGGAGCAAAAGGAAUUGGAGGAGGAGCAAAAGGAAUUGGAGGAGGAGCAAAAGGAAUUGGAGGAGGAGGAAAAGGAAUUGGGGGAGGAGGAGAAGAAUUUGGAGGAGAAGAGAGAGGGUGAUGAUGAUGAGGAUGAUGUCGUGGAGGUGCACGAGGGAGAAGGGGGUAACGAGGUAGAGGCGGAGGAAGAGGUGAACGAGGAGGGGAACGAGGAGGAGGAAGAGGAGAAAAAGGAGGAGGAGAAAGAAGGGGAGGAAGAGGAGGAGAAACAGGAGGAGGAGAAAGAUGAGGAGAAAUUAGGGGAGAAAGUGGAGGAAGAAGGGGAGAAAUUGGAGGAGGAAGAAGGGGAGACAGAGGAGGAGAGAGAAGGGGAGAAAGAGGAGGAGAAAGAGGAGGAGAACCAGGAGGUGAAAGAAAAGGAGAAAAGGGAGGAGGAGAAGGAGGAGGAGGAAGACGAAAGCGGAAAGGGCAAGGUUGCUGAAGGAGGUUGUGAGAGGGAGAAAGCAGAGACUGGGGUGGAUGGGUUGAGACGCAUUACACAUCAACCGUCUGAUCCAUGGGGGGCUUUAAAGGUGAGGCUGGUGAAGCGCAUUAUACGGCACCCAUCAGAUGCGCUGCCGCUCCAGGCGAGGUGGGUCGCCUGUGGUGCGAAAGGCGAAGGGGGAGAUGAAGAGGAGAGUGAUACGCCACAGUGCAGGCAGGGUAGUGACGUCGGGGAAGGUGGGGAUGGCAGGGAAGGUGGGGAAGGUGGGGAAAGUGGGGAAGGUGGGGAAGGCGGGGAAGGUGGGGAGGAUGGUGGUGAGAGAGGAGAGGGUGAAAGGCUGGGCGGAGAUUGGGGGCAUGCGACACAGGAUGGGGAGGAGGGGCGAGAGGGGAAGGGUGCGGAGAGGGGCAGUGGAGGAAUGGGUGGGGAAAUGGGGGAGGUUGAAUGUCGGGAGACACAGCAGCACUAUCUGAGGAGCAGGAAAUGGAGGGAGGACGAGGGAGGAGUGAAAAGGAGAGGAGAGGAAGGGAGAGGAGGAGAGGGAAGGGGAGGGCUGGAAAGGAGAGGAGUGAAGCGAGGAGAGGGGCAGUGGGGCCAGCUUGGCAGGGCGAGGGGCCAUCGACUGUGCCGCCAUGCCCCUCCUCAGCUGCUGUUUGGGCCUCCACCCUCUCAUGCUGAGGCACCUGCUGCUGCUGCUACUGCUGCUGCUGCCCCACCUGCCCCCUCUCCGCCCACACAUGACACAGGCGCACCAACUGCUCCACCUGCUUCACCUGCUGGUCCUGCAUCACCUGCAUCACUCGCCAUUCGUACUUUACUAUUGCGAAUGCCCACGCGUGACACAGGCGUUUCUCCUGCUCCACCUCACUCCUCCACAGUCCCUGCUCCCUCCCCGUCUGCACCCGCUGCACUUGCUCCACCUGCUCCUCCACCCGUCGCUCUCUCCCUACCUGCCGCUCUCGGCACAUUCCUAGCUGCUGCUGGCAGCACAGCGCCUCCAGCCGCCGGCGUGACUCUGGAGGCCAACAGUCUGAUGCAGCAGGUCAGCUGCGUGAGUCAGCUGGUGCGCUGUGUGACUCAGCGGGCUAACAGCUUGGCACCGCAAGGGAGCAGGGUGUGUGAGGAGCAAACCAGUGCGGUGCUGCAAGGGUUUGGCUUGCCCUCUCCCGCCCAGCCCACUGCUCACCCCUCUCCCGCCCAACCACCUACUGCUGAGCCCUCUGGUGCCUUUUCCGCAGCUGAACCGCUGCCUAACCGGCCACCACUUGUUCUCGAGCCCUCUCCUCAUGCCUCUCGCAGCCUUCCCCCAACCACACUCCAUGCACCACUCCCCACUCAAGCCUCGCUCUCGAAUCAAGACCCGCCUCCCAUGCAAGAUUCGGCAUCCGCGCACGAAUCUCCCAGCAACCAGUCCUUUCCUUCCAUGGACCUCCCUGCAAGUUCUCAUCGCCUCUCCCUUGCAACUGCCCCUGUGACUGCCCCUGCAACUGCGCUUGCAACUGCCCCAACUGCCGCUGUGACUGCCCCAACUGCCGCUGUGACUGCCCCAACUGCCGCUGUGACUGCCCCAUCUGCCCCUGUGACUGCCGCUGCGAUUGGCCUUAGUUUCAUGGAGACAAGCCGGCAGAUGCAGCAGGCACAGGGGGAGCAUGCGGCGAGUUCUGGAGAAGCGGCGCGAGAGGAGCGUUGGGAAGGGACGGAGAGGGAGGUGGGAGAGGAGGCAGGGAGGAGGGCAGGAGGCGAGGAGGGGGGAAUGGAGGAGACGAAUAGAGGGGAGGAAGAGGGUGCAAGAGGGGAGGAGCAAGGGGGAGAGGGAUCAAGUAUGAGGGAGCAAGGGGGAGAGGGUGCAAGGAGUGUGCAAGAGGAGGGAGAUGGUGCAAGGAGUGUGCAAGGGAAAACAGAGGAGCGGAUACACUUGCGGGAGAAUGAGCAGAUGCGAGGGGAGGGGCAGAUGCAAGGGGAGGGGCAGAUGUUGAACGAAGGGCAGAUGCGGAGUGAGGGGCAGCGAGAGCAAGGGAGGGAGGGUGCAGAGCAGAGAGAGGAGCGACGUGGGCAGGAAAGGGUGGAGGAGCAAAGGGUGGAGGAGCAAAGGGUGGAGGAGCAAAGUGUGGAGGAGCAAAGGGUGGAGGAGCAAAGGGUGGAGGAGCAAAGGGUGCCGGGAAGAAUGGAGGGGGGAGGGGUGCAGGGAAGAGCGGGGGCCCGAAGGUUGAGGAGAAGAGGGGCAGGGGAAGGGGUGGAGAGAAGAGUGGUGGGGGGAGAGGUGCAGAGAGUAGGGGAGCAAAGGGUGCAGAGACGAGCAGAGGAGCAAGGGGUGCAGAGACGAGUGGUGGGACGAGGUGUGACUGGAAGAGUGGCAGGAGGGGUUCAGGGAAGAGUGGAGGGGGGAGGAGUGCAAGGCAGGGAGAGGAGGGAGAGGCAGCAGAGGGUGGUGAUUGUUCUGUCAGAUAGUGACGAGGAGGAGGAGGAGGAGGAGGAGGAUGCUCUUGGUGGCAGCUCUGUUACUGAUGCUGCUGGUAAUGCUCAUGCUCAUGCUGAUUCUGCUGCUGCUGCUGCUGCUGCUGCUGCUGCUGCUGCUGCUGCUGCUGCUGCUGCUGCUGCUGGUACGGGUGCUACUGUGAAUGCUGGUGGUGAUGCUGCUGCUGCUAUUGGAGCUGCUGGUAAUGCUGCCGCUCCUGCUGCUGCUGCUGCUGCUGCUGCUGCUGCUGCUGCUGCUGCUGCUGCUGCUGCUGCUGCUGCUGCUGCUGCUGCUGCUGCUGCUGCUGCUGCUGCUGCUGCUGCUGCUGCUGCUGCUGCUGCUGCUGCUGCUGCUGCUGCUGCUGCUGCUGCUGCUGCUGCUGCUGCUGCUGCUGCUGCUGCUCCUGCUGCUGCUGCUGCUGCUGCUGCUGCUGCUGCUGCUGCUGCUGCUGCUGCUGCUGCUGCUGCUGCUGCUGCUGCUGCUGCUGCUGCUGCUGCUGCUGCUGCUGCUGCUGCUGCUGCAGGGGGUGUGGAGUUGAGAGGCGAGCGUUUAGAGGGCCAGGGAGAGAACGAUGACGAGUGGGCCGCCACUCGUGCUGCUGCUGUCGCCGCUGCUGUCGCCGGCGCUGCUGCUGCUGCUGCUGCUGGCGUUGCUGCUGCUGCUGGUGGUCGUGCUGGCAUUGCUGCUGGUCCUUUUGCUGCCGUUGCUGCUGCUGGCACUGCUGCUGCUGCUGCUGGUCCUUCUGUUGGCCGUGGUGGUUCCCUUGGGGAUGGUGAUGAUGCUCGUGAUGACAAUGCGGAUAGGAAUGGUGUGGAGGGGUUGGAAGCGGUGGUGAGGGACAGAUGGUCUGGAAGCGACAACAGGGGGAUGGAAGAGCACGGUUUGAGCCUAGGUGGUGGUGGUGGGUUGGGAGGGACG